GUUUUGGAGAAGUUGUAUAAAGCAAGAUGGGGUCUAGAGGAUGGAGUAGGUAGCAUUAUCCUGUCUCCCACUAGAGAGCUAGCAGACCAGAUUUUUGGUGUACUAAAAUCAGUUGGCAAACACCAUGGAUUUAGUGCUGGCCUUUUAAUUGGUGGUAAUGAAUAUGAUGAAGAGAAAGAUUGCGUUAAUCGAAUGAAUAUAUUGAUUUGUACACCUGGCAGGCUUCUCAAACACAUGGACACAACUCCAAAUUUUGAUUGUUCACAACUACAGGUUUUGGUUCUUGAUGAAGCGGAACGUAUUUUGGAUGCGGGAUUUAAAAAAGAAGUAAAUGCUAUAAUUUCACAACUGCCAAAACACAGACAGACUUUACUUUUUUCUGCAACACAAACAAAAUCAGUUAAGGAUCUUGCACGACUCAGUUUAAAGGAUCCUGAAUAUGUUGCUGUUGAUGAAGAAGCCAUAGCUGCUACUCCAAGUAGACUACAGCAAAAAGUCAUGCUUGUUCCUCUUGAUCAAAAGCUAGACAUGUUAUGGAGUUUUAUAAAGGCUCAUCUGAAUUCAAGGAUUCUUGUUUUUCUUUCCAGCUGCAAGCAGGUAAGGUUUGUAUAUGAAGCAUUCAAGAAACUGCGUCCUGGGAUUCCUCUAAAGUGCCUACAUGGAAGGAUGAAACAAAUAAAACGGACAUUUAUAUUGCAACAAUUUGUUGAACAAAGAUCAGUUCUUUUUUCAACUGAUGUCUCUUCAAGAGGUCUAGAUUUCAACAAAGGUGUUGAUUGGGUUGUUCAGGUGGAUUGCCCUGAUGACGUGGCGGGUUACAUACAUAGAGUCGGUCGGACUGCCCGAUAUGAUUCUGCAGGCCGGUCAGUCUUAUUUCUUUUGCCUUCAGAAAUGAAAAUGCUUGAUCGAUUGCAAGAGAAGAAAAUACCUGUUCAAGUUGACAAGGCAAACACAAAACGGUUACAAUCAGUUUCUGGUUUAUUGGCUGCAUUACUAGCAAAGUACCCGGAUCUACAGCCUUUAGCUCAAAGAGCCUUCAAAACUUAUGUGAAAUCAAUUUACAAACAAAAAGAUAAACAAGUUUUUGAUGUUACAAAGCUUCCCAUUGAUGACUACUCAGCCUCAUUAGGUCUCCCAAUGACCCCACAACUCCGUUACCUUGACCGUAAGAAUAUAGACAAAAAGAAGCUGCCCGAAGUGCCCGUGCAAAAAGAUUUGAUAAAGAUUUCUAGUCAAAAGGAAAGUAACAAUUUACUUGAGGAAUCUGAAGAAGAUGAAGAGACACUUGAUUUACUUCAGAGAAAGGAAACGGAAAACGAUGAGGACUUGAAGGCCAUUGAAAAUAUGUUGCCUACAACUAGGGUUCUUAAGAAAAAGAAGUUGAAGAUUAAUGUCCAUCGACCAGUGGGGACACGAGUUGUAUUUGAUGAAGAAGGGAACACAUUGCCACCUCUUGCAAGAUUAGCUGCCAUGAAUGCAGACUCAGCACUUCUUGAUAAAGAUAAAGUAUUGAAGAGGUAUGCAGAGAUGAAACUAGAUAUGAUCUCACGAGACAAGGAGGACAAGAUUUUGGAUCGCCAAAGACGUAAAGAAAAGAGACUAAAGGAAAAGCAAAAACAUAAAAGGGCAAGAGAUAAUGAUGAUGACGUGGACGGAGACGAUGACGGCUUUUCUGGGUCCGAUAAAGACACGCGCAACCUUAAAAAAUCAAAAGUGUACUUUGAUAGCGAUGGUGAUGAUGAUGAUGUGGCAAGGAAAGAUGAGGUGGCAUCGAAGACAGAUGCGAUAUCGUUGCGUGAACAAGAGGAGCUUGCGCUUAAGUUGUUGAGCUCUAUGCACUCAUCAUGAGUUGUUAAGACCUGUUUAUGUCCCAUUUUUGUACGUCUUUAAUUGAAGUGAGAAAGUAAGGUUUAAGUUGAUGAUAGGUUAUGUUGUUUUUUGGGAUGUCAUUUGUAACUGUAACAUUUUAUAGAAACGGCAGCUGCUUUUGUCAUUUUACUUUUUAG